GGGGAGCCGUGUGGGAGCAGCACAGAUUCCGUCUGACCGAGAAGAAAGCACGGAGAGAAACGGGCGAGAAACAUGAGCUCAAAUCGCCCUUGUGAAGGUUUCCAUCUUGAAGGACUUUAAAACAAAUCUCCCCGAGUUUAAAGAAGGACGAGAAAAGAAGGAUACAAGGAGUUCGAGGGAGGAAAGAGCGCGAAAAGAAGGAGAAGAAGAGUUAGCGAGAGGAACAGAGCGAAGAAGAAGAGGCGCGUCUGACAGCCAGCUCAGGAACUUCUGUGGAUCUUUACUUCGACAAGUUUGGCUUCACUUCACUUCACAUUCAGCGCACUUCACACUAAUGUUUGGGAUUGAACUUUAAGAGAGAUUACCUGAGAGGUGUGCUGCUCCUGGACCGAGCUGUGGCCAACUGAGGAGCCAAGUUUGGGAGUACAAUGCAGUAGGGCUGGGCAAUAUAUCGAAGUUUAAACUAUAUCGAUAUAUUUCAAAGCAGAUCUAGGAAAAAAACCCAGAUAAAUAUAUCACUAAAAAAUAUGAUUAUUGAUCCAUAUCGCCCAGCCCUACAGUGCAGGCCGGUGUUGAGAGUGCAUGUAGCUGUGGACGCUGGAUCUAAAGUUUAACUACAGACUACCUAUUUGUGACUGUGGAUUUAUUUGCUGUCAGAGGAACUCUCUAUGCUGUUAGAGGAACUUUCUCUGGAGCUGCUUGGACUCUGCUGUGUACCUGUGAGUGCAGGUAUGUCACGCUGACGCUGUGUACGGCGUAUGUGGGAUUACAGCGGCGUCUGCCUGUGUAACGGGGCUCCUUUUCACCCCGUGGCUGGGUGAAGGGGAGCAGAGUCUGCGUGGAGCUCCAGCUGCUCAGGCUUUGUGACAUUGCCAUCGUGCGUGUUUGUGUGCGGAUUAAUCGGACUGAUAACACUGCUUGGCCUGCUCCGUCCACCCAAGAGUCCCCCCUCAGAAAGCACCAGUAAUCGGAGCUAUUUUUAGCGGGAGGGAUGGGGUAAAAGCAGGCAGCUGGAAACCCAACUCCCCUCCACCCCCAGCUGUCACUCUACCACGCUCAGCCCACCUUGGCAGCAUGCUGGGCAAGCCUGGUUAGCACGGACUGGACUUACACCGGGUUAAAGUGUGAGAUAAACUUUGGAUGAACUUCUUUGGACGUGAGUAAACCUACUGGAAACACGAUUAAGAUGUCUGAAGAGCUACGAGCCGUGGUAAACGUGCUCUGGACUAAGUGAAACCAUAAUAAUAAGCUAGUAGAGUGCCACUUGUGUUAGUAAAGGUUUAAUUUAACUAGUUUAAUAUCAGCCACCAGCGAUCUGGAGAGUCUCCAGCACAAAAAGAAUGCAUGAAACUGCCAACGUAAGAAAAAGCUAAAACGUGAUUAACCAAAUAUUCUAUAACCCCAGAGAAAACAGAGUAUAUAUGUAGAGAUCUAUAUCACACAAAGCAGAGAUUACAUCCUUUAUAUUUUUACUUCAGAAAGACGACAAGCUGCCUGUACACCAGUCGGUUGCCUUAGAAACCACAGUCACAAAAAAAAUCAAGCCAGAGAAGACGGUGCCUUUUGAUUGGUCGAUUUGGUUUCCCACCUGUUCAAGAUUGGUCGAUUUGAGUUGGAUGUAAAAGCGUAGACUCUGGGAAUCGAACGUGCGUCUGAUGACAGUAACCUGCAGCUCUGACUGACACAGUUUCCCUGCUGGAACCGAACCAUCGCCAAGCGUUUCCAUGGUGAUCACGUCAUCAGCAUCCGUGGAGGACAAGCCUGUGCCUGCGUGCAGGAUGGUCCAAUCAGAACCCUGGAUCAGCACGGCCCUGCUGCGCAAGAACAAGAGUGUUAGCAGCUCAGGAUGUCCGCCCACCUCCUCCUCCUCCUCCUCCUCCUCCUCCUCCUCCUCCACUGCCCAGGGCUUCUCCCUCGCUGAGCCAGCCAUGACCAGCCAGCACACACAUACACACCCCUCCUUCAACUCCAUCCACUCCAUGGCCGAGCAGCAGCAGGUGCUGUCUGAUAUGACCAUACUCCAGCGGAGGAUCCCCCCCAGUUUCAGAGACCCUGCCAGCGCCCCCUUGAGGAAACUCUCUGUAGACCUCAUCAAAACUUACAAGCACAUCAAUGAGGUGUACUAUACGAAGAAGAAGCGGCGUGCCCAGCAGGUCCCUCCAGAGGACAGCAGCACCAAGAAGGAGAGGAAAGUCUACAACGAUGGCUAUGACGACGACAACUACGACUACAUUGUCAAAAACGGAGAAAAGUGGCUGGACCGCUAUGAGAUCGACUCACUGAUCGGGAAGGGCUCCUUCGGACAGGUGGUGAAGGCCUACGACCACCACGAGCAGGAGUGGGUUGCCAUUAAGAUCAUAAAGAACAAAAAGGCUUUUCUAAACCAGGCUCAGAUUGAACUUCGCCUGCUGGAGCUCAUGAACAAGCAUGACACUGAGAUGAAAUAUUACAUAGUCCACUUGAAGCGUCACUUUAUGUUUAGGAACCAUCUGUGUUUGGUGUUUGAGUUGUUGAGCUACAACCUUUACGACCUGCUGAGGAACACCAACUUCAGAGGAGUCUCGCUCAACCUCACCAGGAAGUUUGCACAGCAGCUCUGCACAGCGUUAUUAUUCCUGGCCACGCCAGAGCUUUCAAUCAUCCACUGCGACCUGAAACCAGAGAACAUCCUGCUGUGUAACCCCAAAAGAUCCGCCAUCAAGAUCGUCGACUUCGGAUCGUCCUGUCAGCUUGGACAGAGGAUCUACCAGUACAUCCAGAGCAGGUUUUACCGCUCUCCCGAGGUGCUGCUGGGGAUGCCGUACGACCUGGCCAUCGACAUGUGGUCUCUGGGCUGCAUCCUGGUGGAGAUGCACACGGGCGAGCCUCUGUUCAGCGGCUCCAACGAGGUCGACCAGAUGAAUAAGAUUGUGGAGGUGUUGGGCGUCCCUCCCAGCCACAUGCUGGAUGCCGCUCCCAAAGCCAGGAAGUAUUUUGACAAACUGUCGGACGGUCUGUGGACAGUCAAGAAGAACAAAGACAUCAAGAAGGAGUAUAAACCCCCAGCCACGCGGCGUCUUCAUGAGAUUUUGGGGGUGGAGACCGGGGGUCCAGGGGGGCGGAGAGCAGGGGAGCCAGGCCACGCCCCCUGUGAUUACCUGAAGUUCAAAGAUUUGAUCCUGCGCAUGCUGGACUACGACCCAAAAAGUCGGAUCACGCCGUUCUACGCCCUGCAGCACAACUUCUUCAAGAAGACGACGGACGAAGGAACCAACACCAGUUCAUCCACAUCCACCUCUCCUGCCAUGGACCACUCCCACUCCACCUCCACCACCAGCUCCGUGUCCAGCUCUGGUGGCUCCAGUGGUUCUUCCAAUGACAACCGAAACUACCGCUACAGUAACCGCUACUACAACUCUGCUGUUACACAUUCAGACUACGAGAUGACCAGCCCUCAGGCUCCGUCCCAGCAGCAGAUGCGGAUGUGGCCGGGCAGUGAAGGUGGAGGUGGGGGUCAGGACCCAGCAUACACCCAGUUGCUGCUCCACAAGCCGGCCGCCUCCCAGCAACACCAGCGCCACUUCCUGGACCAGCCCCACCACCCUCACCCUAACUACUCCCACCACGGGAACGGCGGGCGCGGCCUGAGGCAGGCCGGGCAGACGGGCCUGGGCGGAGGGGGGGGCCAGCAGGGAUCGUCGCCCCAGAUGAGCGACAGCAUGGAUGUGGGCGUGUCCCUGGGGCUGCACCACCUGGGGGCGGUGUCUUCCAUGGAGGCGUCUCAGUUUGGCUCGGCCUCGCUGCCGCUCGCCCUCCCCAUUGGACUGUCCGCCUUCCGGACUCGGACGGCCCCCACCGCCCCGGGGCCGCAAGCCCCGCCCCCCGAGGACUACUACCCCGCCUCCAACAACAAUAACCCGGCGGCGGGGGGCCGCGGGAGGCCGGACUCAGACGAGGGGCCGGCCAACUCUUGAUAAAACCUGAACCACGCCCUAAAGCCAUACGAUUUUAAGUCCGAGUCCACACAGUCAGAGACUCCGGGAGACGGUGGGACUGCAUGAGAGGAGGAGGGGGAGGGCAGGGGGGUCGGAGCAGAGGAGGAUGCUGGGAAAUACGCUCCUGUUUGAGUUUGGAGAGGAAUGAUUGUGACACGUUUGUUUUUCUUCUUCUAUCGUUGUUUCUGGUUUCUCUCCGCUGUGACCAGCUGCGUGUUGAUUGGUUGUUGUUUGAAGCCUGGAGAGGAGGAGGCGGGGCAGUUUGAGGGAGGAGCCGUGGUCACCGGGUUCCAGCGUCUUAAACAAACAUGGAGGAGAGUGCCGCCACCGCCGUGUCGUUCAGGACUUCUUCUUCUUCUUCUUCUUCUCGGCGUCCUCCCUCUGUCGGGCCCAGCGGGGGGGGGGCGGAGCGGGGAGGAGGUGACAGGACACUGAAGCCCCGCCCGGGAGCGCUCACACGGACCUCCUCCUUGCCGUCCUCGUCCUCCCCGCUGGUUGCCCUCCCCCUCCUCCUCCUCCUCCUCCUCCUUCUCCUCCUCCUCCUCCUCGUGCUGCGUCUCUCCUCCUCUCUGUGCUGCUAAUCACCAUGAGAACCGGUCGGGAUUGCUGCUAAAGAUCCACCACAGAUCAAUAAAGAAAUAAAAGAAUAGAAACAGAAUAAAAACUUUUUAACCUUCUGCUUAAGAGAAAAGGAUAAAGUAAGAACCACUGCAUCUCAAUGUAUUUAUUACUAUUUAACAUGAAAAAACAAACUGAAAGUAACCCUUUUUUCUGCUCUUCUUUGUUUGGUUGCCUUCUUUCUGCAGGUGAGCUCUGAUUGGCUAUUGUAACAGUGACAGUAACGGUGACAUGGGAAUGCCACCGCUGUGGGGGCUGGGUGGAGGGGAGGGGUUGGGGCAAAAUAAAGUUGGAUAUAUAAUAAGAAUAAAG